AGCAAAGGCCUAUUGGCGGCAGGAGUGCGCAUGAUUCGCUACUUUUGUUUUUGUACUUUGAAAGAUUUCAGCUUUAAUGUAGCCCCAUACCCAUCUUAGUAUUUAAAUGGAGAUUUUAUUUAUAUACAAAAUGACACCUAAGUCCAACUCUGUGGACUAAACGGAAUUUAUGAUUUUCUGUAGAGUGUGGAAUCUGCCGAGCUGAACUCCGCGCUGACCUACCAUGCGUGCUACUUCCUUGUUAGUGAGUCGGUGUGAGAGGGCGACAAGAAGUUUCAGCCCCGCGUAAGUAUGUGUGGAUUUAGCUAACGUUUUCGAUGAAAUCUUCCCUUUGGAAAGCUCACCUCGCCGUUUUUACCUCCUCACCGGGGCGACAGCGCUAUCCGAGCCAUGGAGGCUGAUUUAAAGGCGGUUGUGAGGCUGAUUUGCUAAGUUAGCACAGGCUUGCUAACACUGUCUUUUCAUCAUAUGCGUGGAACUGGAUUACAACUCGAGGCUUUUAUUGACUUCUCCGAGGCUCUUUAAGGAUUUAUCCGAUCGAUGUGCGUUGUGAUGGUUGGAUGCGGCGGAUUCGGUGUGAUCCGGUUGGGAACGGUCGCUGUGUGAACACACAGACGCUUAGCCGUGCUAGAAUAGCGCUUAAAGUGGGUUUCAAAUGUUUUGCUUUGUUUGCCGGGGACUGAAGCGUGAGCGAUAAAAGUGGGAUAUUAAAUGCCGAACACGGAGAUCGUUCCCCGCGAGGGCCGGGGGAGAAGCCCGCCGCCGCAAAGUAGUCAGAGGGAGGCGAGACGGAGCAAGAGCCGCCGCGAGCGGCACCGGGAGAAGGUGCGAUCCUCGUCGUCCUCCUCCCGGAGAAAGAAACACAAGCACGCCCGGGAGAAGCAGCAGCAGUCGUGGCAACAGCAGGAGGUGCUUUACGACGGGGAUGUUCGGACAUUAGUGGAGUACGACGACGUGAGCUCGCAGUCCGAGCGCUUCUCCGGUAGCCCGUCGCCCAGAACCGACACGCUGUCCGUGGACCGGCUGAGCGAAGCCGAGCUCCAGGACUCCAGCUACGGCGGCGCUUCCACGCCGGGCAGGAGGGAGCACAACUCGUCCUCACGGAGGAAGGACGGAACCGGCGGGUCGGCGGAGAAGGGACGCCAGGAGAAGGAGACGAAGAGGAACCGGUCCAGCCCCGCGUUCAAGUCCCGCAGCGGCGUGAGGAAUCACGACAGCAACGGCAGGAAGCCUUCGUCCGCGACCCAAGCCGACAAAAAGGAGUCGAAGCGACACAAAAGCAAGUCCAAAUCCGAGAAGGACCCUCCUUCUGCCUACAGGGAACCGCCGCAGGCUUAUAGGGACGACCGGGAGGAGCUCAGGCCCUACUGGAGGAGCAGUCCGAGCUUCAAAGCAGCGGAGAGUCCCUACGGGGCGUCUUAUUCCUACGGACACCAGUCUCCUAACACAAACUUCCCGUUUAUUUCCAGGAGGAGCCCCAAGAGGCUCUCACCGAGCUCGACCUACUACGGUCGCGAUUCAGAGGUGCACGGUGCCUAUAACGUGUCGAAGUCGCCGAGUGGUAAGAGGAAGCGCUCCCCGUCCAGCCCGUGCUGGCGCAGGUCUCCGAGCUACGGCCGACACAGUCCCUACGAGCAGGGCGAGGUCACCUGCAGCCCGUACGGCCAGCGCAGGCGCUCCCGGAGCCCCAGUCCGGACGGCAGGCGGACUGGAAAGUCCCGCAGCAGGAGCCCGUACCAGUCCUCCCGUCAUUCUCGCUCACGCAGCCGUCACCGGCACUCACGGUCCUGCAGCCGGCCCUCCAGUCUGUCCCCCAGCUCCCUGACCCUGAAGAGCAGCCUGGCCGCUGAGCUCAGCAAGCAGAAGAAAGCCAAGGCUGCCGAAGCCGCCCGCGUCAAAAACUCCAGCAAUGCCUCCACCCCGACCAAGGGCUCCUCAUCGUCCUCCAGCGCUCCCCAGCCCAGCCCCGUCACCAACCACACCACCAAGAAGACCAGGCCUCCCUCACCGCCGCCGGUGUCCGAGAAAGGCCCCAGAACCCCAGCGUCCAGUCAGCCGCAGUCUCCUGUGGAUCGACCCACCAAGAAGAGCUCAGACGCCUCGCAGUCCAGCAGAGAAGUCAAGGUGAAGGAGGAGAAAAAGAAGGGAGGACAGCCAAUGCAGGUCAAAGACAAGGACCGAGAGAAAGCAGCUGCUCCAGCCGUAGCCUCUCUUCCACUGGCAGCCAACAAUCUGGAUCAUCUGGAUGGAAGCGACAGCAGUAUCUUGAAGGAGUCUUCAGCAAUCACAGGGAAGAAGAAACCCGAAAGGAAAGCCCGUCACCUCCUCGCAGACCUCCCUCUUCCUCCAGAGCUCCCUGGUUCACCCCACAGCCCGCCUGAUGACAAAAAGACGCCCACCCCGCGGAAGAGACCAAAAAUAUGUGGCCCACGCUUCGGAGAGAUCAAGGAGACGGAGAUAGACUGGGGAAAGCGAUGCGUUGACAAGUUUGAGAUCAUUGGGAUAACUGGAGAAGGUACUUAUGGACAGGUGUACAAAGCCAAGGACAAAGACACUGCGGAGUUGGUGGCCCUAAAGAAGGUCCGUUUGGACAAUGAGAAAGAGGGCUUCCCCAUCACAGCCAUCAGGGAGAUCAAGAUCUUGCGGCAGCUCAACCACAAGAGCAUCAUCAACAUGAAGGAGAUCGUCACUGACAAAGAGGACGCUUUGGACUUCAAGAACGACAAAGGGGCGUUUUACCUGGUGUUUGAGUACAUGGACCACGAUCUGAUGGGCCUGCUGGAGUCGGGCCUUGUGCACUUCAACGAGAGCCACAUCAAGUCUUUCAUGAGGCAGCUGCUGGAAGGACUGGACUACUGCCACAAGAAGAACUUCCUGCACAGGGACAUCAAGUGCUCCAACAUCCUGCUCAAUAACAAGGGUCAGAUCAAGCUGGCAGAUUUCGGAUUGGCUCGUCUGUAUAACUCUGAAGAGAGUCGGCCGUACACCAAUAAAGUGAUCACUCUGUGGUAUCGGCCGCCCGAGCUGCUGCUGGGAGAAGAGAGGUACACGCCUGCCAUCGACAUGUGGAGCUGCGGGUGCAUUCUGGGAGAGCUUUUCACAAAGAAGCCCAUCUUUCAGGCCAACCAGGAGCUGGCGCAGCUAGAGCUCAUAAGUCGUAUCUGUGGCAGCCCUUGCCCCGCUGUGUGGCCAGACGUGAUCAAGCUGCCCUACUUCAACACCAUGAAACCAAAGAAACAGUACCGGCGGAGGUUAAGGGAAGAGUUUUCUUUUAUUCCUCUGAUGGCCCUGGAUUUGUUCGACCAUACGCUCGCGUUGGACCCGAGCAAACGCUGCACUGCAGAACAAGCUCUCAGAAGUGACUUCCUCAAAGAUGUGGACCCAGCCAAGAUGCCUCCGCCUGAUCUGCCUCUGUGGCAGGACUGCCAUGAAUUGUGGAGUAAGAAGCGGCGCCGGCAGAAGCAGAUGCCGGAGGAGCUGACCGCUCCUAAAGCCCCUCGGAAGGAGCUGGGUUUGGAUGACAGCCGCAGCAACACGCCGCAGGGCUUCCCCGCCGCCGGAGCACACAAAGGUCCGAGUGCUGCUGCCGCUGCAGCCCUGCUGGACCCCAAAGCUCCCAACUCACAACUGACUCAAGAGCAGCUGGCUGUGCUUCUGAACCUCCUGCAGUCCAAAAGCGGCCCGGUGGGAUCGGCGCAGUUCGCUCAGACCGUGGGGUCCAAGAUGAACCCAGAGACACUACAGCAGCUGACACAGGCUUUGCCCCCUGGGCCACUGGAGUCUGAAAGACCCCCAGAACCACCUCCGCUCCCCAAAGUCUCUAAACCCCCUCAGCCGCCUCCAUCGGGGGCCGGAGCGCCCCGCACCCCACCCAUGCCGAAGCCGCCUUCGCCCCCCACCCCACAGCAGUCGGUCAAGAGCGACGGAGAGGCCUCGGCCGCAGCCACGCAGACCGCUGUCACCAUGCUCCUCGCUCAGCUCCUCAAAGUCCAGCAGGGUGCAGGAGGAGAGGUCCUAGGGUUCGAGGGGCCCGAGGGCGGCGUUUCAAACGCAGCAGGUCCACCUGAGCCCAGCCCUGUAUCUCCAGAGGCUGAAGGCGGCGGCGGCGGCGGCUUGUCCUCCAGGCCUCUAGAGCCUCUCUCCAUUCUCCCGCCGGACCAGAGACCCCCAGAACCUCCGGAGCCGCCUCCCUGCGCAGACCUGGACUACCGGCAGGCCCCUGAGACCCAGCCAGCUCUGCCCUCCUCCGCAGCCCCAGGAGAAGCUCCCAGACCUCCGGAGCCGGACUAUCUGACGGAGGGACCCGGGUACGGGCCGGACUUUAGCCGGCCUCCACCGCAGUUCAGCUACCUCGGCCACAUGAUGCACCCCCACCCGCCUCUCGCCUCGGAGGCCUUCACUCACAGCAGCAUGGUGUUUAGCGGAGACCAGGACCAUCGCUUCGAGUACAAUCACAGCGGACCGCCGCCUCCUUCCGUUCCCCCUCCGGGCCAAGCCUGGACGUCUCCAUCCCAACCCCUUCCACUCGGGUUCGUUCCCCACGUGAACACGGCCGCGCUUCGGGGCAGAGGACUCCCUUUUUGAUGGGCUCCCGAUGAACUUCCGGACGUCUCAGAAAAGGAAGAGUCUAAAAGACACGCGCAGUUGCCCUCAAACCAGCACUAAGCGUCUCCGAACUCGAUGUGUGAGAUUUCUAAGGGCACUCGAGGAACAGCUUGGAGGGAUGGGAGUUUGUGCGUUUCCUGCUCGUACCGUUUCCCCUCCAGUUGGUUUUUGUAAUCUAUUCUACUGCUGUCUUUUAAAUUAAAACUGUACCUUUUUUGAGUGUGCAUUUACCGUGCCAGGGUAAGUGUUUUUAUGACCUUAGCGUCUCCUUUAAUUGAGUAGUGUUACGAUGAUGUUUUGCACUACUGAAUAAAGUAGGUGGAAACUAGCGAAGGUGUGAUGGAGGAAUGUGCUGUAUCUGCACACGUACAUGACCAGUAAUGUAAAUCGUUUUAUUUUUUCUUUCCCUUUUUUGGUCAGUUGUUUUUUUCUUCUUCUUCCUUCCUACAAUGAUGGGCUCUGUCGCUAGGGUAAGUUCGCUGGAGGGUCUUGUAAAGGACUCCGGAGAGACUGGUAGCACUUCUCGACUGAACUGGUGAAUCUGCUGAACGAGUGAACUGAUCAAAGCUGUGUUUCUCGCCGGUUCCCGCCAGCUCUUGUCUAAAGCCAUUGUAAAAUCGAAAGA